AUGUCGGAAAAGGAGACGCUGGCGGCCUCGCAGUCGCCGCCGACGGCCGCCGCCGACACGCCCGUCGACACCUCCGACUCGCCCGACCUGCCGCGCCACCACGAUGACGGCACCGACGUCGACUUCACCCUGCCGCCCGGCUGGCGGUACCGGCAGCGUCGCCUCUUUGGCUACACCCUGCCCUGGUACGCCUCGCCCAAGGCCCAGCUCGGCAUGGUCGCCUUUGUCUGCUUCCUCUGCCCCGGCAUGUUCAACGCCCUCGGCGGCUUGGGCGGCGGCGGAAAGGCCGACGCGACGCUCGCCAACAACAUGAACACGGCCCUCUACAGCACCUUUGCCGUCUUCGGCUUCUUCGGCGGCACCUUUGUCAACAAGCUCGGCGUCAAGUGGACCCUCUCCUUUGGCGGUGUCGGCUACUGCAUCUACGCCAUCAGCCUCCUCGUCUCCGUCCACCACUACGUCCCGGCCUUCAACAUCUUUGCCGGCGUCCUCCUCGGUCUCUGCGCCGGCCUGCUCUGGACCGCCCAGGGCACCAUCAUGAUCUCCUACCCCAACGAGCGCCAAAAGGGACGCUACUUUGCCUGGUUCUGGGCCAUCUUCAACAUGGGCGCCGUCAUCGGCAGUCUGAUACCGCUCGGAACAAACAUCCACACGACGGCCAACGUCACCGUCGCCGACGGCACCUAUAUCGGCUUCAUCGUCCUCAUGGCCUUUGGCGCCUUUCUCGCCCUCUUCCUCUGCGACGCCUCCGACGUCGUCCGCCCCGACGGCUCGCGCGUCGUCCUCAUGAAGAACCCGAGCUGGCAGAGCGAGCUCAAGGGCCUCUACGAGACCAUCCGCUUCGAGCCCUUUGUCAUCUUCCUCUUCCCCAUGUUCUUCUCCUCCAACUGGUUCUACGUCUACCAGCAAAACAACGUCAACGGCGCCCACUUCGGCACCCGCACAAAGGCCCUCAACAGCCUGCUCUACUGGAUCGCCCAGAUCGUCGCCGCCAUGAUCUGGGGCUACGUCCUCGACAUCGAGCACGUCCGCCGCUCCGUCCGCGCCCGCGCCUCCCUCGUCGUCCUCCUCGUCCUCACCAUGGCCAUCUGGGGCGGCGGCUACGCCUUCCAGCUGACCUACACGCGCGAGUCCGUCAACCCCGACGCCGGCUUCCAGCCCACCGACUGGGAGGACAGCGGCUACGUCGGCCCCAUGUUCCUCUACAUCCUCUACGGCCUCUACGACGCCGCCUGGCAGGCCACCGUCUACUGGUACAUGGGCGCCCUGUCCAACUCGGGCCGCCGCUCCGCCAACUACGUCGGCUUCUACAAGGGCAUCCAGUCCGCCGGCGCCGCCAUCAUGGCCAACCUCGACGCCCGCAAGAUCCCCUUCAUGACGGAGCUCAUCAGCAACUGGGUCCUGCUGAGCGUCUCCAUCGUCAUCGCCUCGCCCGUCAUCUUCCUCAAGAUCAAGGACCACGUCGCCAUCGAGGAGGAUCUCAUGGGCACCGACGAGACGGUGCAGGAUGUCCUGCCCUCGGGGCAUCCGGAAAAGCGUCUGGACGCGUGA